AUGGAUGAGUUUCAGGCCGCCACAGAUCGUUUCCUCACAUGGUUCAAAUCUGUGGGGGGUGAAUUUCGAGACGAUUUGCUCGAGAUCAGAGACCUGAGAUCUCAGAAUGCUGGCAGAGGCAUUGUCGCCAUCAAAGAUAUUCCACAGGACUGUACUCUGUUCAAAAUUCCCAGAAGUGUCAUCAUUAACGUACAGACGUCAGAGCUUGCCAAAAAGCUACCUGAUGUCUUCAACGAAGAGAUAAACGACGAGGACGAGGACAGCCAGCCGUUAGAUUCAUGGGGUUCACUAAUUCUAGUCAUGCUAUAUGAGCACCUCCAAGGCGAAGCAUCGCGCUGGAAACCAUACUUCGACGUUCUUCCUACAACGUUUGAUACGCCUAUAUUCUGGUCUGAGUCCGAUCUGAAAGAACUGGAGGGUACUUGUUUGACAACCGAGAAAAUUGGCAAGCAUGAAAGCGAUCACAUGCUUCGCUCUCGCAUCCUUCCAGUUGUUUUACAAAAUCCUUCCGUGUUUUUCCCCAAAGGCGCACCUCUUCUCAGCGAAGAUGAGCUGUUAUCUCUUGCACAUCAUAUAGGUAGCACGAUAAUGGCAUAUGCUUUCGACCUCGAGAAUGAACUAGAGGAGUCUGACGACGAGGGUGAGGACGGCUGGGUAGAAGACCGAGAUGGUAAGACAAUGCUUGGUAUGGUGCCGAUGGCAGAUAUGCUCAAUGCCAAUGCUGAUUUCAACGCUCACGUCAAUCAUGGUGAAAAUCUCGAGGUCACAGCUCUUCGUGCUGAUCUGAAACCUGGUGCGGAGAUUCUGAAUUACUACGGGCCGCUGCCUUCGUCAGAGUUGCUCAGACGCUAUGGCUAUGUGACACCCGAACAUCAGAGGUAUGACAUAGUGGAGAUUCAUUGGGAUCUUGUUCAGUCGACGAUAAGUCGUCUUCUGAGCCUGUCCGUGGACACACUCGACGCAAUUGAAGAACAGCAGAGUGAAGACGAGGAAGAAUGCUACCAUCUGAUAGAGCGCGACUCGGGCGAGCCGGACGAAGAAGGACGCUUGACGAAGCCAGCCAAGUUGCGCGAAGUUUGUCCUGAUUUGGAGGAUCGACUAAAACAAUUCCUCAAAGCCCUCAAGACAUCGAAUCCGAAGUUGAUCCCUGAUAAACGGAAGCGUGACGAACUUCAGAACACAGUACUCAGAGAAGCUCUAAUGGCCAAGCUGGCACAGUAUCCCACAUCAACAAAAGAAGAUAAGGCGUUGUUAAAAAGCGAUGGUUUAUCCAAAAGACAUCGCAUGGCUAUCGAAGUAAGACUUGGAGAGAAACAACUGCUAGAAGAGGCUGUAAGUCUCGUGCAGGAAACUAAUAUGCCUCAGCCUAUAGAGGGUGCAGAAAGAGCUGCGAAAAAGACAAAACGCGGGUGA